UGGUUUGAGUGAAUUUUAAAUGGAAUGGUCAUGGUUAAAAGAUUGGUGGCGUUUAAAAAAGUGGCGUAAAACACAUCAACGAACUAAAGAGGAAGAAAUACUUGAAUGUUUUUGUGAUGAGUGUAUUGGAGGAGAAUUGGAGUUAUGCGGUGACGACGAAGGUAAUCAAGGAAAUUCCUCCUUAGCUGAUAGUGAUUUAAUGAGUCAUGUAUCAGAUGGUUCAAAUGAGAAUGGUGGUGGGACGCCAUGCUCCAAACAGGUGGUGGUUGGAGUGUGUGCGAUGGCAAAAAAAUCCCAAAGUAAACCGAUGAAAGAGAUUUUAACACGUUUACAAGAAUUUGAAUAUAUUAAAAUGAUUGUGUUCCCGGAGGAAGUGAUUUUAAAGAUGCCAGUGGAAGAAUGGCCAGCAUGUGAUUGUCUUAUUUCAUUUCAUUCAAAAGGUUUUCCAUUAGAUAAAGCUAUUGCUUACGCUGCAAUGCAUAAACCGUAUUUAAUAAAUAAUUUGCAUAUGCAAUACGAUAUUCAAGACAGACGUCGAGUAUAUUCUAUAUUAGAAGAGGAGGGAAUUGAAAUACCACGAUAUGCUGUUUUAGAUCGUGACUCACCCGAUCCCAAACACCAUGAAUUGGUUGAAUCAGAAGACCAUGUUGAAGUGAACGGUGUAAUUUUUAAUAAACCAUUUGUUGAGAAACCAGUGAGUGCUGAAGAUCAUAAUAUUUAUAUUUAUUAUCCAACCUCUGCUGGCGGAGGUAGCCAACGAUUAUUUCGUAAGAUUGGUAGCCGAAGUAGUGUCUAUUCACCUGAAUCAAGGGUACGCAAAACUGGUAGUUUUAUUUACGAAGACUUUAUGCCAACCGAUGGGACUGAUGUAAAAGUAUAUACAGUUGGACCUGAUUACGCUCAUGCUGAAGCUAGAAAAUCACCGGCAUUAGAUGGUAAAGUGGAAAGGGAUAGUGAGGGAAAAGAAAUAAGGUAUCCGGUGAUUUUAAGUAAUGCUGAAAAAUUAAUUUCACGGAAAGUUUGUUUAGCAUUUAAACAAGCUGUAUGUGGUUUUGAUUUAUUAAGAGCGAAUGGUAAAUCGUUUGUAUGUGAUGUAAAUGGAUUUAGUUUUGUAAAAAAUUCCAAUAAAUAUUACGAUGAUUGUGCGAAAAUAUUGGGCAAUAUGAUAUUAAGAGAAUUAGCACCCACAUUACAUAUACCAUGGAGUGUACCGUUUCAAUUAGAUGAUCCACCGAUUGUACCGACAACUUUUGGUAAAAUGAUGGAGCUACGAUGUGUGGUUGCUGUUAUACGUCAUGGUGAUCGUACACCUAAACAAAAAAUGAAAGUGGAAGUACGUCAUCCCAAAUUUUUUGAAAUAUUCGAAAAAUAUGAUGGCUACAAACAUGGUCACGUGAAAUUAAAACGUCCAAAACAAUUACAAGAAAUUUUAGACAUAGCACGAUCCUUAUUAGCUGACAUAGCACAACGUGAAGCACAACCUGAAAUUGAAGAGAAACAAGGAAAAUUAGAACAAUUGAAAAGUGUUCUUGAAAUGUAUGGACACUUUUCUGGUAUCAAUAGAAAAGUACAAAUGAAAUAUCAACCUAGAGGACGUCCACGUGGUUCAUCCUCCGACGAUGGUAAACCUCAAUCAAGUACUGAAAAUACAAAACCUGCAGAACCAUCUUUAGUAUUAAUAUUAAAAUGGGGUGGUGAGUUAACGCCAGCUGGACGUAUACAAGCUGAAGAAUUGGGACGCAUCUUUCGAUGCAUGUAUCCGGGUGGCCAAGGCAGGCAUUUGAGUGGUGAAUAUGCUGGAACACAAGGAUUAGGAUUAUUACGAUUGCAUUCAACAUUUCGUCAUGAUUUAAAAAUUUAUGCAUCGGAUGAAGGACGUGUACAAAUGACUGCUGCUGCUUUCGCAAAAGGCUUGCUAGCUUUGGAAGGUGAAUUAACACCGAUUUUAGUACAAAUGGUUAAAAGUGCAAAUACAAAUGGUUUACUAGAUAAUGAUUGUGAUUCCAGUAAAUAUCAGAAUAUGUGUAAAGCUCGACUUCAUGAAUUAAUGCAAUUAGAUCGUGAAUUUACGGAUGAAGAACGUAAAAUUAUUAAUCCAGGUAAUGCGGAAAGUAUAGCAGCUGCUUUGGAAAUAGUAAAAAAUCCAGCUCGAUGUUGUCAACAUGUUCACUCGUUGAUACAUUCACUAAUGGAUAUUGUUCGAACGAAACGUGAUGAUCCAAAAACUAAAGACGCAAUUCUAUAUCAUGGUGAAACAUGGGAGUUAAUGGGUCGACGCUGGGGUAAAAUUGAAAAAGAUUUUUGUAAUAAAAAUAAAAAAUUCGAUAUCAGUAAAAUACCAGACAUUUACGAUUGCAUCAAAUACGAUCUACAACAUAAUCAACACACGUUACAAUUCGAACAAGCUGAAGAGCUCUAUAUGUAUGCGAAAUAUUUAGCUGAUAUUGUUAUUCCUCAAGAAUAUGGGCUAACUCAACAAGAAAAGUUAACUAUUGGUCAAGGAAUAUGUACACCGUUGUUGAAGAAAAUCCGUGCUGAUUUACAACGAAAUAUUGAGGAAUUUGGUGAAGAGGAGGAAACUGUGAAUCGAUUAAAUCCACGCUAUUCACAUGGUGUUAGCAGUCCUGGCAGACAUGUUCGCACACGACUUUAUUUUACAAGUGAAAGUCAUGUACAUUCUUUAUUAACAGUAUUACGAUAUGGAGGAUUACUUGACGUCAUAAAAGAUGAACAAUGGCGACGAGCAAUGCAAUAUAUUUCAAUGGUGUCUGAAUUAAAUUACAUGGCACAAUUAGUUGUAAUGUUAUACGAAGAUCCAACAAAAGAUCCAAGUAGUGAGGAACGUUUUCACGUUGAAUUACAUUUUAGCCCGGGUGUAAAUUGUUGUGUACAAAAGAAUUUACCACCAGGACCUGGUUUUCGUCCACAUUCACGUAGUGAGAGCGCGACAGCAAAUAGUAGUGGUAAAAAUAGUAAUGGCGAAUCAACGGCUAUUUCAACACCAAGAACUGAAGACUGUUCAACGAGAAUUGACGAAGAAGUUGAACUUAGUGCUGAUGUAACACCCACUGAAUUAUCGCGAAGAAGUAGUAAUACAUUAACACAAACUGAAUCAACUGAAACUCGGGAUAAUGUUGACGAUGUUACAACUCGUCUAGCGAAAAAGAAAUCAUCUGAUCCAAUACCAAUUGGAAAUUCUCAUACUGUAAGUGGUCACGAAGCUGCACAUUUAGCAAAACGUUUAACAGCUGAAUUAGCACAACAACAAGGACGUAGCUUAACAACAUACGAAAAUUCACGUACUGUGAGCCCAGAUUCCGAACCACGUGCACGAUCUUUUGAUCAACAACGUGGCGAUGUGAAUCAAAAUAAUGCCAUUACAAUUUUACCAAUUAUAUCUGAAAGUACAUUAUUAUUAAGUGCUCCAGCGCCCUUGUUUCAUUCGCUAUCAUCUCCUGAAUUUUUUUCAAACACUACACCUUUUGAUAACUCCACUAACACGACACAAACAGACGAUAAAAUUAGUCAAACUUCAACACGUAUCGAUAUUCACCAAUCUCUUUUUGAAACAUCAAAUUUAUCACCAAUUGAAGGUUCCGUAAAUUCAUCGGUUGAUUAUUUAGAUACAAAUUUUUUAACUCCUCCUAGUCUAAAAAAUGAUAAUUCAGAACUUAGUCGAUCGCCAACGAACGAAGUACCAUUAUCCGAUUUAAAAUUUCACAUUGACAAGAAAAUUUUAAACGAAAAAAUGCCAGAAUCAGCUACAAAUGAGUUACCAUUAACUGAGUUAAAAUUAAUGACACCGCGUAAAUCUUCGUUAAUACAAAAUGAAAUAUUUGAUCGUGUAAGUGAAUCUAAUAAUUUUACCGGGACACAAACUUCUUAUUGUCAAGAUUACUUUGAUUAUCCCAAUUCAGUUCUUGAAGAUUGUCCCUUACCGGUACCGAUUUACGAUAACACGUUUAUCCCUUCAUCGCAACUUAAACAAUCUCCAAUGCGUUCAUAUUCUGAUCCAAAUAUUUUGGAUACAGAAAUAUCUGAAGUUCAAGAAACAGUUGUUAUAAGUCCGUACUUUCAACCGGUUGAUAUUUCAUUAAAACGAGAGGCAAGUACAAAAAGUGAAAAAUCUAAGUCACGAUCAAUAUCUCAACCAACUGCAUUCGAGGAAACAUCGGAUAUUUUUCAAUAUUUACCAAAAUUAUCGAAUAAACCUCCCCCAUCAAGAUCAUGUAGCCACCCAGCAAUGUCGCUAAACGAUAAAAAAUUGGAAUAUGAAAAUUCGAGAACUAUGGAGAAAUGUUUGUCGUUGUCGCCAAAUUUAAGUCGAUCUCGCUCGCGAUCAAUGAGUUCGUCGGAAUCAAGUGCUAGUGAAUAUAUCGAUGAUGAAGUGAUUAUUCCAACGGAAUUAUUAGAAAUGGAUCGUAAAAUUAGUUCAUCGGAUGAACAAUUAUUAAAUGAGGAUAAAAUAGAAAAAGAGAUUGGUGAUGAUAAAAAGAAGGGGAUUGAUAAAACAAAACAAACAUUGACAAGUCGUUCAUUAUCCCCACCAACAACCCCUGUGUACGCAUAUUCACAUUUCCCCCAUACAUCGUACGUACCAUGUGUCGGUGUAAAACCAAUUCGUUCAUUAUCACACCCAGCUCAGUUUCAUUAUUGCUAUCAUUAUUACCAAACAGUUACUACCUUACCUGAAUCAUCCUGUACAACUACUAAUAAUCAGGAGCCAACAAAUAAUAAUGAUGGCAGUAGUAGUUCUAACCGUGUUAAGAAUGUCCUAAGUAACAACAAUGUUGUCCCCAAAACCUCUGAUGUGACUAAUACAGAAACGGGCGCUUCCACCGGGACUACGGCAAUAAAUGUAAGACGGCAUCGACACAGCAUCGCCGGUCAAAUGAGUUAUUUCAAGAUGCUAGGAUUUGGAUUUGGUGGGGGUCCAUUGGGUUUUAAGAAGAUAGGAGCUGGUUCAACAAAUUCUUUAUUUUCAACGGCUGUAAUUAGUGGCAGUUCAUCGGCACCCAAUUUACGGGAUAUGAUUCCUAAUACUGCAUCAGCAUCAACUGUUGAAGGUUUUGGAGGUGUUCCACCAAUACGUCCAUUAGAAACAUUACACAAUGCAUUGUCAUUACGACAAUUGGAUGAAUUUUUGGAACGUAUGACUUGUCCAUCAACAAUGAUGCGUACACCUGCAUCAUCGCCACCAAAAAGCUGCCCAUUACCUGCAAUACCAUCUUCAUCAAUAAACGAUAGUUCGCUAGUACCUUCUGUACAAGAUGGUAUAUUAUCGUCAAGUAAUCAACCAAAUGCACAACAAUCACAUAAUGUAACGUCAGCACAAUCUUUGCGUUUACAAUCACCAAGUAAUAGUAUUGGUUGGAGUGGUCCACCUAGUUUUGUAUCAAGUAGUGGUCCAUCAUCACCCACUGGAUUAUCUGAUGUAUAUUCCAGGGAGAGCAGUGAUAUGUCAGCUAGUUUAAUUAGCAGCGAUGGAUAUCCAAUGGGCAAUAAUAAUGGCACAAUAUCUCAACUAUUUCCAACUGCACCUGGUUUAGAUGACGAUUUGGGUAAUGUUGGAUUAUUGUUAGAAACAGGAUUAGGAUAUACAGAAUUUGAAUCUAUUUCACAACAAGGUGAUAAUGGAGACAUAACACCUGUAUCCGCAGAAUCCGAAUUUGAUUUUAAUACAGCUGAUGCAACAGCUGGUUCAACAGUUGAUGCUGAUUUAACUGUAACAGAAGACAUUUUAGACGAAUCCUCCGCACAAUUACCAAAAGAAUCAUCUGAUAACAGUUUAAUCGGUGGAAACAACGGUAACAAUAAUUCUACUAAUAAUCUAUGUUCGUCAUUAAUAAAUCCUUGUACAACCUCAACCCACAUCAUUCAAAAUGAUUUGGACCAUCAUCGUAGUAUUAACCUACUUGAAAUUAAUAAUCCAAUACCAUCAACUUCAUCUUUAAAAAAAACUAAUAACACAGCAUCUGUAUCAUCUAGCUCUGCUGAAUCAUUGUAUAAAACAAAUAAUCAAACGAAAAAAACUGAAUUACAUCGUGCAUUCUCGUUUAAUGGUCCACGUAACAAUACUUAUACAUUUUGUUCAAAUAAUUUAACCGAUUUACCACCACCACAACCAAAACCAUCAAUUUCGCCAUCAUUAUUAGAACGUAGCAAUAGUUUAUUAACCACUAAAUGUAAUAACAAUGUUGGUCGUAAUUAUUAUCGUAGACAAAAUAGUACACCCAAUAAUUUAGAUUCACCACAAAAUUUAGAUAAAAAUGUUUUCAAUAAAAAUUGCUCCGAUAAAUGGGCUAUUACAAAAGAACGUUUUCUUGUAUCAAAUGUUGUUGAUGAAGAAUCUUCACCGAAAUUUGAUACAGAAAUAGUUAAAGGUGUGAAAUUAUGUAAUUUUAAUAAAAUUAAUAAUCCAGGCGCUGUGUUAGUCAAAGAAGCAUUCAUUGAACCAUUGAAAUUGAAUCGUAUACAAUCGAAAAGUUUUCACGGAAAAACAACGGAAUCUUCAUCGUCAAAUGAAAGUACUAGCAGCAGCAGUAGUGCGAAUUUACGACGAAGUAGUGAAGCAAUUGAUUCAAAACCAAAUUAUCGAAAAUAUCAUACACAAAAAUCAUUACCAGGAAUGUCCUCGAAUAAAAGUCAUAGUUUGUUGAGUGAAAGUAUUAAGAAAAUUAAUGAAAGUGUUCCGAAACCAAGAUUUACAACGACAAUUGUUGAUGAAGGAUAUGCAACGAAUAAUUUUUUGUAUCCGUCAGAAAUCAAAGAGAAUAUUGAUCGUAGUACAAAUUCAAGUAUUGAAAAUCAUGCUGAUAUUUUUGCUACGAAUCAAAGUGUGGAACGUGAUACGUUAGCAUCGGUGCAAAAACAAUCAAGUGGUGCAACUAGCAACAACAGCAUUCCUACUAACGAUAGUAAUGUACAUAAACCAGCGCCAGUAUUAGUUUUAGCUAGUAGUUUAACGGAUAAAUCACAUAUUGUGCAUGGGUUUAAUAUUAAAUCGAAUAAUGAUAGUGAUUCGUUAUCCGAUCAGUAAUUGUGAUCGAAUUUUUAUUUUAUAAUGAUUUUUGCUUUAUUCGAAAGUCUUCCGCUUAUAGUUCCUUUAAAUUUCGAAAAUAAUUUUCCAAAUCUAUGUUAACAAGACCGAAUAGAUCACAUGUUAAGCAGCAAACAUUUGCGGCUCGUCAGGGAAAUGGAUUUUGAUUCUUUCUAAUUCUAAAAUUAAUUCAUUUAGCAGCUACAUUCUCGUGAUGCCGGCGUAAAUCUUGGUUGAAGCUUCAAAACAUCGAAUUUUUAGAACGUGUUUAAUAGAAAGUCUCUUAAAUUUCUCAUUUUUGUUUUAAAUUAAUUAAUGAGCAGAAAUCAUUGUAU